AUGAAAAGCCCUUGGGUCACUCAGCGAGCAGGUCCAGCAACAUCUCUAAGGCCGGGAGCCCCACGUCCGUCAAUGCUCCGUGUAGUUUCUCCAGGACCUCAGUCUCUCCGUCCAGUCAAGACAUCUGCAGCGGGAAACCACCGUCCACAAAGUGCCCUUCGAUUUUCUAUGUCGCUGAACGAUGUUGGCCAACGAGUGGACAGCCUUUGUCGAGGUUUGAACUUCAUCGACCGAACCUGCUCCGAUGGCGAGCUGGAAGCCAAAACCCAGCAGCUCAAUGAACAAAAACCUUGCAACAGAAAAGCACCAGUUGAAACUUCCAACCAGUUGUUCUUGGUCCCGUCUCUUACUAACAAUUCCAAACAUAUCCAGGGUCUUCCUCCUAAUAACACUUUACCAGUCCCUCAAAAUCCACAGCCCAACCCUUCCCCGAGUUCCAAUUUCCUCAAACGAUUCCUUCCCUUUUCCCGAUCCUCCACUUCGACAAGUCUUCAGUGCUCCGAUCUGGGAAGCUACGCCUCGCAUCUGCACAUGGCCAAGUCGUCCAGCACGCUCAUGGGGGGCCGCGAACCCAGCCUGGUGCAGGGGGACGACGACGUGUUCGAGGAAGAGCAAACCGUUCCCAAACUCCAACUCCUGGAGGAUCGUCAGGAGAGGUCGGGAUUCCUCAACGCUCCUAUGUGCUACAUGGACGAAGACGCAGACUUGGACGGAUUCGCGACCCCGACGUCUGAGAAAGAGCCGAUGUCACCCUUCUCCAUGUCAGGGGACUGCUGCAGGUGA